AUGGCAACUAAACUUGGUAUGAUGAGUUUCUUUGAGGAAACAGGUACAGUUGUCCAUGUAACAGUUGUUGGUUUUCGGGAAGGUAAUAUUUUUACUCAGAUUAAAACUGAAGCUACUGAUGGUUAUAAUGCUGUACAAGUUGGGUAUAGAAGAGUGAGAGAUAGAAAACUUACUAAACCUGAAAUGGGACAUCUUGAAAAGUCUAGGAUUAUUCCUUUGAGACAUUUGCAAGAGUUUAGACUUCAGGAUGUUGAUGGGUUUGAGGUUACUCGGAAACUUGAUUUUAAUGAGGUUACUCAGUCUGGGAUUAUUCCUUUGAGACAUUUGCAAGAGUUUAGACUUAAGUUUUGGGGCAAAGUUGCUGCUAUAUUUGUUGGCUGAGAUGCUAUACCUUUAUGUUUUUAGACAUUUAAUGCCUAAUAUCGUGAUUUCUUUUGCAGAUUCU